AUGACGUGGAAAUUCUUGCUCUGUAUUUGCAUACUAUUUGUCGCAACUCAAACAGCUCUGGCUGAUAGAAAUAGACUUGAUCUGCACAGAAAGCAUGAAAAUGAUGUCUCAAACGCUCCCGCUACCGGAGUCUUCAAUCAGGAUAAGCCCAAGAGGUUGUUUGCCAGAACCCGGUAUCUCUCUCACCAGAGGCCCCACAUGACAAGGCCCAAGCCUGAGCCAGCAGCCCCAGCACGGCAGUGUGCUGGUUUGAUGGAGAGCUGCUCUGCACACACGCCGUGCUGCGACCCCUGUGCCUUCUGCCACUGCCGGCUCUUCAACACCAUCUGCCACUGCUGGAGACUGGGCCAUUCCUGUCUGAAAAAGACCUGA